AUGGACGAAGGUGGUUCCCGCAUCCGCAGGCGGGUGUCCGUCCGCAAAAGAAACCGUCCUAGUCUAGAGAGCGUUUUUGCCGCCUCCCCCGCGACCGAGCUUAAACACCGCGAUGAGGAGGAGGACGAGGAGAUGGUGGCCGGGAGCCGGCGGCGGAAAACCGUGGACGUGCAGCCGGUCGAGAUUAUUGACAGUGAAGAGGACAUGUUUGGUGACUAUGAUAGCUUUGCUGAGAACUCUUUUUUAGCUCAAGUUGAUGACCUGGAACAAAAGUAUUUGCAACUUCCUGAACAUAGGAACCAUGCUACAGACCAUGCCACUGAAGAUCGUUGUUCAGAAAGCGAUAAACAGAACACACUGAACGUUACUGCUGUAGGUGACUGUACAGAAUUAAAUAUAGAUGACCACACAAAGAACGAGAGCAGGCAUGAAGAUGUCUCUAUUGAACCUGAAGCUGAUAUUUUGUAUGAUGUACCUUCUUCUCAGGUUUUAUUCUUUGAAAAUUUGCAUAACUCUUCCGGUGAUUUGGGUGGUCCAUCUACUGAAGAAAAGGAUUGGAACUCAUCCUGUCCUAAGACUGUGAAUGAGGUAUUGCCGGUUAAUAGCAGAGAGCAGCCCCAGCAGACUGUUGAAUCCUCUUCUAAAAUCAGAACUAGUUCAGAUGCAAAUAGAAAAAGUCUGAAAGAUCAUCUAAAAAGUACCAUGACUGGAAAUGCCAAAGCCCAAACACCAAUAUUUUCUAGGACUAAACAGCUCAAAGAGACUCUCCUAUCUGAAGAAAUUAAUGUUGCUAAGAAAACAAUUGAGUCAUCAUCAGAUGACCUUGGUCCUUUCUAUUCAUUACCCAGCAAAGUGAGAGAUCUUUAUAUUCAGUUCAAGGGAAUUGAAAAAUUAUAUGAAUGGCAACAUACUUGCUUAACAUUGAAAUCUGUGCAAGAAAGAAAAAAUUUAAUAUAUUCCUUGCCAACAAGUGGUGGAAAAACCCUCGUGGCUGAGAUUUUAAUGCUACAAGAACUACUAUGCCGGCGAAGAGAUGUUUUAAUGAUCCUACCAUACGUGGCAAUUGUUCAAGAAAAGAUUUCAGGUUUGUCAAGUUUUGGAAUAGAACUGGGUUUCUUUGUUGAGGAAUACGCUGGAAGCAAAGGAAAAUUUCCUCCAAUUAAAAGAAGGGAAAAAAAAUCAUUAUAUAUUGCCACUAUUGAAAAAGGACAUAGUCUGGUGAACUCCUUGAUUGAAACUGGAAGAAUUAGCAGUCUGGGUCUGGUUGUUGUAGAUGAGUUGCACAUGAUUGGUGAAGGAACCCGUGGGGCUAUACUGGAAAUGACUCUGGCAAAAAUCCUCUACACCAGCAAAACGACUCAAAUUAUUGGUAUGAGUGCAACGUUAAACAAUGUUGAAGACCUACAAAAGUUCCUGCAAGCAGAAUAUUACACCAGUCAGUUUAGACCAGUUGAAUUACAAGAAUAUCUGAAAAUAAAUGACACAAUAUAUGAAGUUGACAGCAGAGCUGAGAAUGGCAUGACUUUCUCACGCCUCCUUAAUUAUAAGUAUUCCGAUACUCUGAAAAAGAUGGAUCCUGAUCACUUGGUAGCACUGGUGACAGAAGUUAUUCCCAAUUAUUCCUGCUUAGUUUUUUGUCCCACUAAGAAGAACUGUGAAAACGUAGCAGAAAUGAUAUGCAAAAGCUUAAGCAAGGAUUAUCUGAAGCACAAAGAGAAAGAAAAACAGGAGGUGAUUAUGAACUUGAAGAAUGUCAGCGGUGGUAACCUGUGUCGUGUGUUAAAGCGCACCAUCCCGUUUGGAGUUGCUUAUCACCAUAGUGGCUUAACCAGUGAUGAAAGGAAGCUCUUGGAGGAGGCCUACUCCACAGGGGUCCUCUGCCUGUUCACCUGCACAUCCACCCUCGCAGCAGGUGUUAACCUACCAGCGAGAAGAGUUAUAUUAAGAGCACCCUAUGUUGCUAAGGAAUUUUUAAAGAGGAAUCAGUAUAAGCAGAUGAUUGGCAGAGCUGGCCGUGCUGGAAUAGAUUCUGUUGGGGAGAGUAUCCUUAUAUUGCAAGAAAAAGACAAGCAACAGGUAUUGGAGUUAAUAAGCAAACCAUUGGAAAACUGCUAUAGCCAUCUUGUUCAGGAAUUCACCAAGGGAAUCCAAACUUUGUUUCUUUCUUUGAUUGGUUUGAAGAUUGCAACAAACCUGGAUGACAUAUAUCGUUUUAUGAGUGGUACAUUUUUUGGUGUUCAGCAAAAGGUUUUGUUGAAAGAAAAAAGUCUCUGGGAAAUAACUAUGGAAUCACUUAGAUACUUGACAGAAAAAGGACUUCUACAAAAAGAUACUAUUUAUGGGUCUGAAGAAGAGUUCCAAAGUAAUUUUCAUAUCACAAAGUUGGGACGAGCUUCUUUUAAGGGAACUAUAGAUUUGGCUUAUUGUGACAUUCUUUACAGAGACUUGAAGAAAGGUCUUGAGGGACUUAUGCUCGAAAGCCUUCUUCAUCUAAUCUACUUAACAACUCCCUAUGAUAUGGCUUCUCAGUGUGACCCUGAUUGGAUGAUAUACUUCAGGCAGUUUAACCAACUCAGUCCAGCAGAACAAAAUGUCGCUGCUCUGGUUGGAGUCUCUGAGAACUAUAUUGGGAAGAAAGCAUCAGGUCAAGCUAUUAGGAAGAAGGUGGACAAGAACAUUGUCAACAGACUGUACCUGUCUUUCAUUCUUUAUACUUUGCUCAAAGAGACCAACAUUUGGAGUGUGUCUGAAAAGUUUAACAUGCCUCGAGGAUAUAUACAAAGCCUUCUCUCUGCAGCUGCGGCAUUCUCCUCCUGUGUGUUACAUUUCUGUGAGGAGCUUGAGGAGUUCUGGGUUUACAGGGCCCUUUUGGGAGAACUCACCAAGAAGCUGACCUACUGUGUAAAGGCAGAGCUAAUCCCGCUCAUGGAAGUGACUGGGGUUUUAGAGGGUCGAGCAAGACAGUUAUACAAUGCAGGUUAUAAAAGUCUAACACACUUAGCUAAUGCAAAUCCUGAAGUGCUGAUAAGGACAAUUGAUCAUUUAUCAAGACGCCAGGCCAAGCAAAUUGUUUCAUCAGCCAAGAUGCUGUUGCACGAGAAAGCAGAGGCUUUGCAAGAAGAAGUAGAAGAAUUAUUGAGAUUGCCUUCUGAUUUCCCUGGUAUUGUGGCCUCUUCUACUGAAAAGGCAUGA